AUGAUUGUUUCUUUUAGCAAUCAUUUUUCUUUCAAUUCAUUUUCUUUUUCUCCAGUCGAUCAUUUCCCUUUCUUUCAUCUUUUCUUUUAUUGCUUUUAUGAUGACGAUAUUUUUAUGACGGCCAUUUUUCUUUUCUUUUUUUUUAAUCUUAGCAUUACUUUCUUUUCCUUUCUAUUAUGUCCUCUCUCUCAUUUUCCUCUAUUUCUCUUCACAUUAUUUACUUUCCCCUCUAACUUCCUCCCCCCCUUUUUUUACAAUGAAACAUUUUACUUGUUAUUUUCUUUCAUUUAUCCUCAUUUUCAUUUAUUCUUCAUUCUUCCUUCAUUCAUGUCAUUUUUACUUUACAUUUCUAUAAUAUUCCAUUUGAAUACUUUCAUCUUUCUCUUCUUCUCUCAAACUUCUUUUCCCUCCUUUUUUCUUUCAUUUCUAGAUGUUUCCGCUGACUGUCUAUCUAUCGAAGUCUUUCCGCUGAUUGACUAUCUAUCGAAGUCUUUCUGCUGGCUGUCUAUCUAUCGAAGUCUUCCUGUAGGCUGUCUAUCUAUCGAAAUCUUGCCGCUGACUGUCUAUCUAUCGAAAUCUUGCCGCUGGCUAUUUAUCUAUCGAAGCCUUACCGCUGGUUCUCUAUCUAUUGAAGCCUUGCCGCUGGCUGUCUAUCUAUCGAAGUCUUUCUGCUGGCUACUUUCUGCUGAUUGUCUAUCUAUCGAAAACUUUCCCCUGACUGCCUAUCUAUCGAAGUCUUUCUGCUGGCUGUCUAUCUAUCGAAGUUUUUCCGCUGAUUGUCUAUCUAUCGAAGUUUUUCCGCUGGCUGUCUAUCUAUGGAAGCCUUCCUUUCCGCUGACUGUCUAUCUAUCGAAGUCUUUCCGUUGGCUGUCUAUGUAUCGAAAUCUUUCUGCUGGCUGUCUAUCUAUCGAAUCUUUUCCGCUGGCUGUCUAUCUAUCGAAAUCUUGCCGCUGGCUGUCUAUCUAUCGAAGCCUUUCCGCUGGCUGUCUAUCUAUUGAAAUCUUUCUGCUGGCUCUCUCCCUGCCGAAAUCUUUCCGCUGGCUGUCUAUCUAUCGAAAUCUUUCCGUUGGCUUCUUUCCACUGGCUGUCUAUCUAUCGAAAUUUUUCUGCUGGCUCUCUAUCUGUCGAAAUCUUGCCGCUGGCUGUCUAUCUAUCGAAGUCUUUCCGCUGACUGUCUAUCUAUCGAAGUCUUUCCGCUGGCUGUCUAUCUAUCGAAGCCUUUCCGCUGACUGUCUAUCUAUGAAAGGCUUUUUGCUGGCUGUUUAUCUAUCGAAGUCUUUCCGCUGGCUGUCUAUCUACAGAAGUCUUUCCGCUGAAUGUCUAUCUAUCGAAGGCUUUCUUCUGGCUGUCUAUCUAUCGAAGUCUUUUCGCUGGCUGUCUAUCUAUCGAAGCCUUUCCGCUGGCUGUCUAUCUAUCGAAAUCUUUCUGCUGGCUCUCUCUCUCUGCCGAAAUCUUGCCGCUUGCUGUCUAUCUAUCGAAGACUUUCCGCUGACUGUCUAUCUAUCGAAGUCUUUCCGCUGGUUUGUCUAUCUAUCGAAAUCUUUCUGCUGGCUCUCUCUCUCUGUCGAAAUCUUGCUGCUGGCUGUCUAUCUAUCGAAGUCUUUCCGCUGGCUGUCUAUCUAUCGAAAUCUUUCUGCUGGCUCUCUCUCUCUGUCGAAAUCUUGCCGCUGGCUGUCUAUCUAUCGAAGUCUUUCCGCUGACUGUCUAUCUAUCGAAGUCUUUCUGCUGGCUGUCUAUCUAUCGAAAUCUUUCUGCUGGCUCUCUCUCUCUGUCGAAAUCUUGCCGCUGGCUAUCUUGCCGCUGGCUCUGUAUCUAUCGAAAUUGUGCCGCUGGCUGUCUAUCUAUCGAAGAGUUUCCGCUGGCUGUCUAUCUAUCGAAGUCUUUCCGCUGACUGUCUAUCUAUCGAAAUCUUGCCGCUGGCUCUCUAUCUAUCGAAGUCUCUCCGCUGACUGUCUAUCUAUCGAAGCCUUUCCACCGACUGUCUAUCUAUCGAAAUCUUUCCAUCAUUUAUGCAUCUCAGUAUCAUUUAUGUAA